GGUUUGUGGUUUUAAUUACCAUUUAUAAUGUUAAUUUUUUUUCUCGUCCAUUUAUAAUCUUAAUUAUUCGUGAGAAUUGAGACCCUAAUCCUAAAUUCUCUCUUCUGUCUCUCUAUGUUGAGUUAGAUCCCAAUCCAACAUAUUUCAAUUGCUCUGCGCUGGCAUCCACUAAUCAUUUUCUUUUCAAGAAUCCAAACCCUCUUCAAUUUCUAAUCGUUCUCUCUUUCUUGUGUUCUGUCUUUAUAUCUUCUCUUCAAGGCAGAUAACCAAGCAAAACAAAUCCAAUUCAAGACCCAGAAAAAAUGAGGUAAAAAUCUUGAAAACGAAAUAGGGCUACAGUCUGCCAACCUUCUUUCCCCUCAUGAUAGCAUGCCAUGCCACCUUGAUUUCAAGAUUCAUGUCAACUUUUAGUUCUUUUGUAGCUAUUCCUCUGUUCAUUUCUUGAUUUUAUUGCUUAUAUUAACUUGUGAAUACAGAGUAAAAGAAGAUAACUUUGUGCUCUUUUAUUGUUUGUUCUGUUUUCUUUCUUGUUGAUUUGUGAUUACUAGGGCAUUAAGCUGAGAAGAUAAAAGAAAAGGAAAAGAAAAAGAACAAUAAAAGAUAUAUAAACAAAGUAGGUUCAUGGCAGGAUGGUCGAUGUUAGCAAAUGGGUCUUCUUUAGAUUGUGCUGAUAUUAUCAAUGGAUAUAAGGGUGAUGUUUGUUGCUCUGAUGCUAAUCAUGAUGUGAAGGAUCGCAAUGCUGUUCAUGAGACUGAUGAUGAUUAUGAAGUGAAACUAAGAUGCCUGUUUGAUAAGGUUCUUUCAGUUUUUUCCAAUGAGGCUGCUGCUAGGGGAUGCAUUAGGCCUAUUCCUGCAUUGCUCGCUGAUGGGCAAUCGCUGGAUUUAUUUAAACUUUUCCAGGUGGUGAGAAAGAGAGGUGGCUUUGAUUUGGUAAAUGGUUUCUGGACCUUUGUGGUAAAAGAGCUAGGGUUGGAUAUUGGAGUUUCAACUUCAGUUAAAUUAGUAUAUUUUAAGUACUUGUAUGACUUGGAAAGAUGGUUAAGGGGAGGCUUUAGAGAUGGGAGAUUGGGAAAUGGGCAGUGUCACUCUGAUGGGAAUUUCAGCUGUAUAUCAAUGGAAUUAGAGACAGAGUUUAGAAGUUUGUUGUCCCAAGGAUAUCCAAAUGGGAAGAAUGUUAAACAUAAGAAAAAUGGCAAAAACAUUCAUGUGGAUGUCUUGAAGUGUAAAAAAGGUCUUUUGGAUACCAAAGAUGUACUUAAAGUAUGCAAUGGUGUUGGAAAUAAGCAUACUGAUGAUGGAAAUUUCCCUGAUUAUAAGGAAAUUCAUUCUAACAAUGAUGAUGAUGGUGUUGUGAUAUUGGAUCCUGCAAUUGGGAACAACUUUUUUUAUUCACGGAAGAGAAAACGAGAAUCACUACCAACAAUGCUGAACUGGGUAACUCAAAUUGCAAAAUGUCCUGAUGAUCCUUCAAAUGGGGUAAGAUCAUCAUUGUCUAAGUUGAAGGACUUUAAAGGCAGUGAGUUAUGGGUCCAGGCUGUCAGGGCACGAGAUGCUCUUCUGCACAAAAGGCAUUUUGAUUCAAACUCUGAACGAACUCUUUUGCAGAACAAUCACAAGAUGCAUCCAUCCAUGUAUGAGGAUGUUACUUCUUCCAGUGACCAGUCUGCAGAGAAGUUAAGAUGCAGUGAGCGGCUUCCUACUUCAGUGAAAUCUCGUUUAUGCUCUUGUUGCAAUUCAUGUGCUGCUCAAAGCCAAUUGAUAAGUCCUCCGAAGACAGAGUUUGAGGAUGGCCUAAAGGAGCAACCACUUGUGGAUGAUGAUUUAUCUGCUGUGAAAACCACACUCAGCCCAUCUGGGGAUGAGCAAAUACAGAGGCAUGUUUUAGUGGGUCCUCGUUUCCAAGCUGAAGUCCCUAAAUGGACUGGCAUUGUUUCUGAGAGUGACCCUAGAUGGCUAGGCACACAAGUAUGGCCUUUCAAUGGAGACCAUAAUGCCCCAGUUGAAACCGAUUCUAUUGGGAAGGGAAGACCCGACUUUUGUGGUUGUCAGCUUCAGGGGUCUGUUGAAUGUGUCAGAUUUCACAUUGCUGAAAACAGGAUGAAAUUGAAACUUGAACUAGGCCUCGUGUUCUAUCGCUGGAGAUUUGAUCACAUGGGUGAGGAAAUUUCACUCAGAUGGACUGCCGAAGAAGAAAUACGAUUUAAGAAUAUGGUGAGAUUAAAUCCCCCAUCUCUAGACAAGUGCUUCUGGGAUGAUUCGAGAAAGUACUUUCCUAGAAAGAAGAGGGAAGAGUUGGUUAGUUAUUACUUCAAUGUCUUUCUUGUUCAGCGCAGAAGUUAUCAGAACCGUGUGACUCCAAAACAUAUUGAUAGUGAUGAUGAUGAAUCAGAAUUUGGAUCCUUGAGUGACCGUUAUGGUCAUGGAGCAGUCCAGGUUCCUGGCAGCAACAUGUUGAUGUGUUCAGAGAAUAAGCAGUCCUCUGAAUUUAAGUAGACUAGUUAGUCACUCUGAUUUGAAAUUUAAACAACUGAUUGUUUACAUCCAUCUGUGAAAGUUCACAACUGUUCAUUUCUUACAUAGCACUACAGCAUCAAUUAAUACCUCUGAAAGUUUUGAUGGAAUUAGUUGAUAAGAUUUGAGAAUGAUGCAAUUUUAAAAAGAUGCACCAAUACAGUGGAGCUAGCCGAUGGGGAGGUUUUUGCUGGCUCUAGGACAAGAAUUUGAGAUGUGAAGUUCUCCGUGUUGCCCAUCGAGUGACCUUAAAUUAUGCACAUGCUCAACAUUAGAUUGGGAAGCUGUCUACAAUAGUAUUAUAAGUGCUACAACUUGGAGGCAUUAAAAAGAGAAGAGCCCGGCGGGGGGUGGGGGGGGAGGGGGAUGGGGAGAGGUGGUGGGGUGUGUGGUGGUGGUGGUGAAGAUUUGUAGGACAGUUUCUUCGAUGUCAACUUUGUAUUAAAACGUGUAUUUGUGCUUGCUUGCUAUGUCCAAUUCUUCUUAUCAUGUUUGAAGGUCUCGAUGAUGGUUUUCUUGGCAAUUUAUUUUGCUUCUCUUGUUCAAUACUCAUGUAUUAGUUAUUUUGCUCACAGUUCUUGAUAAAGAUCAGUAUACAAAAGAAUUUUCUUGUGAUAA